AAAUCAGGACACUAUAAAAGGAACAUGAGAGGCUGUGAGGAUGACAGAGCAAGAGCUGGAAACAAACAUCAGUGAAGAAUGAAGGCUUUAGUAUGUAUACUGCUGCUGUUGGAAACCUUUGUGUUUGUCAUCCAGCAGCAGGUAGAUGGAGGACUCAAUGAGAAUGAGAUCAGUCAACAGAUCAGCUCUGAGGACGGAAGACAGAAUCCACCUCAAACAGACACUUUGAGAGCUGAAGCUUCAACUGACAGACAACAAUACUGUGAUCUGGGCAUCCCUGACAUCCAUGCAGCACUGAGAGAACUGACCGCCACCGUUACAGAGCAGAAAGAAAACAUCAGAGAACUGACCGCCACCGUUACAGAGCAGAAAGGAAACAUCAGAGAACUGACCGCCACCGUUACAGAACUGAGGGAUGAGAUGAACAAGAAAAAUGAUGAAAUUUCAAAUCUUACUCUGAGUCAAGUGGAGUUGAGAAAGGAAAAUAGAGACAGAGAAAUAGCUUUUUCAGCUUCAAUGAUGGAAUCUGGCAGUGGAUAUACUGGUCCUUUUACCACUGAAAUCACAGUAACCUACAGGAACGUCUUCACAAACAUAGGGAACGCCUACAACCCAAUUACAGGUAUUUUCACAGCCCCACUGAAAGGAGCGUACAUGUUCAGAAUCUCUGUAUAUGGUCAUGGCCCAACUGCAGCAACUGCAGACAUUGUUAAGAAUGGACAGCGUGUGGUUGUAGCUCAUGAUCAUCAGCCACAGAAUACGUUAAACUCCUCAAAUGGAGUUGUGUUGAUCCUGGAGGUUGGAGAUGUUGUCUAUGUGAGACUUGCGUCUGGCAGGAGGAUAUUUGAUAACGAGAACAACCACAGCACUUUCAGUGGUUAUCUGCUGUUUCCCUUAAAAUAACAGGAGAUUUGAAGGAUGUGAUUUCAAUAAUUCUGAACCUUCAGCAUAUGAUUAAUGAUGAAAAUCAUGAAGAAUCAUUAACAUAUGAACUUGUAUUAAUAAGGACUAAUGUGUGUUUGACUUUUUUGAUAGAUUACUGUAUAAAGUCAGUAUAAUACACUAUACUCAUAAGUUCUGAUCUGUCUGUACAUGUAAGUUUGUAUAAAGAGCUUCAGCACUGAGACAGACAGGACCCAUGAAUAUCACAUGUGACUCAAAAGUGUUUUGUUAAAGUAGUAAAUCUAAAAUGUUAAAUAAUACCUCUUUAAGUGUAUCUUGUUACUGAUCCUUGAUCUGUAUCUCUUCAUCCUACAUAAAUAAAUAAGAGAAUAAA